AUGGGUGGGGUGAUGUUAAUUCUAUUACUAUUCCUCGCAAUUCUGGAGGUUAAAGGUGAAGAUCCUUACCUGUUUUUCACUUGGAAUGUCACAUAUGGAACCCUCUCUCCUUUGGGAAAACCACAGCAAGUGAUUCUCAUCAACGAUCAAUUUCCAGGGCCUGUCAUAAACUCCACAAGCAACAACAAUGUUGUCGUCAAUCUUUUCAAUAAUCUUGACGAGCCUUUUCUCUUGACAUGGAGCGGCAUCCAACAGAGGAAGAAUUCUUGGCAGGAGGGUGUGCUUGGAACCAACUGCCCAAUUCCCCCUGGAACUAACCACACUUAUCAUUUUCAAGUCAAGGACCAAAUUGGGAGCUUUCUUUACUACCCAAGCACAUCGAUUCACAAAGCAAAUGGUGGAUUUGGUGGCCUUCAUAUCAACAGUCGUUUGCUCAUUCCUGUCCCUUAUGAUGCUCCUGAGGAUGACUUCACUGUCAUUGUUAAUGAUUGGUACCUCAAGAGCCACAAAGAUAUCAGGAAGUCCUUGGACGCUGGAAAAACACUUGGUCAACCAGAUGGAGUUCUCAUCAAUGGCAAAAACGCUAAGGGUGAUGGCAAGGGUGAACCUCUCUUCACUAUGAAACCUGACAAGACUUACAGAUAUAGAAUCUGCAAUGCUGGGCUGAAGACAUCAAUCAACUUCAGGAUUCAAGGCCAUUCAAUGCAGCUUGUUGAAAUUGAAGGCUCUCAUGUGAUGCAGAACGACUAUGAUUCACUUGAUGUACAUGUUGGCCAGUGCUAUGCUGUACUUGUGACUGCUGACCAGCCUCCCAAGGACUAUUAUUUGGUGGCUUCCACUCGAUUCUUAGAGAAAGUCCUCACUGGUAAGGGCAUCGUUCGAUAUGCCAAUGGCCAGGGACCACCAUCACCAAAGCUCCCAGAAGCACCUGAAGGAUGGGAAUGGUCCCUAAAUCAGUUCCGUUCCUUCCGAUGGAAUCUCACAGCCAGUGCUGCCAGGCCAAACCCUCAGGGCUCUUACCAUUAUGGAUCCAUCAACAUCACCCGUACUAUCAGACUCGUUAACUCACCAGGCGAAGUAGAAGGCAAACUUCGUUAUGCCAUCAACGGUGUUUCUCACACUAAUCCAGAGACUCCACUCAAACUUGCUGAAUAUUUCGGAAUUGCAGACAAGGUCUUCAAGUACGACACCAUUCCUGACGAUCCACCUGCUAAAAUCGGUGAGAUUGUGAUAGAACCCAAUGUCCUCAACAUGACUUUCAGAAAUUUUGUAGAAAUUAUCUUUGAGAAUCAUGAGGAAGCCAUGCAAUCAUGGCAUUUAGAUGGGUAUUCGUUUUUCACAGUCGCAUUGGAGCCUGGAACAUGGGCACCUGAAAAGAGGAAGAACUACAAUCUUCUCGAUGCAGUUAGCAGGACAACAGUGCAAGUAUUUCCAAAAUCAUGGGCAGCAAUCUUCUUGACAUUUGACAACGCUGGAAUGUGGAACUUAAGAUCUGAAUUGUGGGAGAGGACUUACCUUGGACAACAGCUUUAUGCAAGUGUUCUUUCUCCAGCACGCUCACUGAGAGAUGAAUAUAAUCUGCCUGACGACCAAUUGCUAUGUGGGUUGGUGAAGGGCUUGCCGAGGCCUAAACCUUACACCAUUUGA